AUGGGGCUGCAAACGCCAUUCGACAAGGCGACGCACACGAUCAACUGGGUGCCGAUUGGGGAUAUCAUGCUCAAAACAGAGCCCGUAUACGACCGCCACGAGCCGAUCAGCAUCAAAAAGGCCGUCCAUUUUGCGGCCUGUCCUUUUGGAGGGCCGAUUGCAAUUGCUGAAUGUCGACCAGAUUCCUCGUGGGAUGUGAUGAUUCGGACGGCUGCCGCCAGGCCGUUGUUGCAAGAACCGAUUCGAAGAGGUGACGUUGCGGGCAUUGGCUGGUCUCGCGCUCACCGGCUGCUCAUCCUCGAUAAUAAAAGCUGCGUGAAUCGUUUUAAACCGAAUGGCCGAUCCGAUGGCUCCUUUUACUUUUCGACGGAUAUCACUGACAUCAAGGACUAUUGCGUGUUCAAUUAUGGUGCUCGAGACACGGGAAUGGCCAUCCUUGACGGCCAGAAUCGCAUUUUUGUCGUGAAUUCGGUGAAGGAGGCCAUUCCCUGGUUGAUGCAAUCACCAAUGAGUGAUCGUCCCUCGGCAUGGUGUGCCCUCCAUUCUUCCUCCCUCAGCUCUGUCAUCUGCGUCUACGGCAACAAAUUUCUGAUGGGACAACAGGGAGAGACGAUGAGGGUUAUUCCGACUUCUUGGGCCGAAAAAGACGGUGACUACUGUAGGAUGAGCUCGGAUUGGAAUGUAUCCAGGGUCGCGCUAUAUCACUCGAAACGGCUCAUCCAAAUCGUCUCCGCCGAUUUGUCGAAAAUUUUCCAAUCGAUUACCGUCCCUGGCGAGCACGCGAUCUUCAAAUUGGGAUGGGUAGGAGAAUCGUCCGUUUUUCUCCAGAGAACGCAGUCGAUUAUUCAGUUCUUUUCGGUGGAUGAUGCGCAAGCGGUUUAUGAGCAUAACGGCGAGCACGUGCAAGUGACCAGCGAACCGGACGGCGUUCGAAUGUAUGCAAAUACUGGAUCGACAUUUGCCAGCCCUGUUUCAGGCGACGAAAAAGGGGUCCUUGGAAUGGGCUACAGUUCGCAGGGAGCAUUUCUAUUCGAGGCAUACAUUCGAGCAUGCCAGAAUAGAGCCCUCAAUGCUUUCGAGAAUCUCACUGCGGGUGUUACGGAUAUGCCAAAAGCAAUCGCUCAGUGCAUGGGUGCCGCGUGCUCGGUCUCCGAUCCGACCCUUCAGAAGCAGUUGUUAAUGGCGAUCCGUUUCGGAAUCCCAUUUUGCACAAACUUCGAUUCAUCCCAGCUGGUCCGCGCUCUCGGCCAAUUCAGAAUUAUCAAUGAGGUCCGGAUGGUGAGGACCGGGAUCCCCAUCACAUAUCUACAAUUGGAGGAAUUGUCGGUGAAAUCGCUGGUAAAUCGGCUCGUGGAAAUUGGGGCUUUUGGAGUGGCCUCCAGGGUAUCGAUGGGUUGUGAUGAGACGAAAAAUGAUGGAAAUGACGUCGUGCUGCUUGAAUGGGUCAAAGCCAAUUUCGACAAACUGGCCAACCGUGGUGCUUAUGCCGAUAUGACAGUGCUGGACGAGAAAAUCGCACAAAAAUUUUCCGAGUUUCCGCAAGUAUCUUUUGCCGAUGCGGCACGUCGAGCCGCUGAAGCUGGCCUUCCCCAAUUGGCGAGAUUGUUGAUCAAAAGAGAGACCGACGAGGAGAAACAGGUCUCUGUCCUCCUCUCCCUGCAAGAUGUGAGUGAUGCCCUCGGUCUGGCCGCCAAGGCCCAAAAGCCCGAAUUGAUGCACCAAGUCAUUCGACAUCUCAUCAAACAGAAGAAUAGGACCACGUAUGAGUUGGAGAUUCAGAAGAUUCCACAGGCGCGCUGCCUCUAUGCGGAAUACGUAACGCAACGUAGCGGUGGAGCCCUGGGAAAUGGCGGGGCGAGAAUGUUGGCAUUGCUGGAGCAGAACUCCGAUUACGACAGGAAAUUGCUGUUCCAUUUGGAUGCUUCGGAACAGGCUGAUCCGAUUAUUCAGUCCGAAGAACACCGUCAACACCUCGAAUCGGCCAAAGAAAUAGCCGGACAAAUGAAAGAUGCAAAUAUCGUGGAGGUCGUCACGAUGGCAUGCAAUCAAUUGGCUGCUGAUUGGAAUGUGUCGACUGUUAGACAACAGAUCAUUGUCAACGCCUCCAAGCCGGAUAUCGUCCAGAAAACGAAGCAGCAGUACAAACUGACUGAUAAACAGGUCACGCUGUGGGUAAUCGAAGGUCUGGCCGCCGACAAGAAAUGGGAACAACUUUUUGAUAUGGCCAGCAAGAAAUCACCAUAUGGAUUGGCGCCAUUCAUCGAGGCCACGAUUCGACACGGCAAUAAGCAACAGGCCGAGCGCUUUCUGUCUCGAUUAAAUGAUUAUAAAGUGACCGAGAGGGUGGUUGCACAUAUCGCAUAUGGAAAUUUUGCCACCGCCGCCAAGCUUGCAUACGAUGCCAAGGACUAUGACUUGAUGCAACGGGUCCUCCGGAAAUCGCAUACGGAUAAGGAACAAGAAAAAACUGUCUUGAAACUACGAAACGCAAUG